AUGUCGAGUUUACCUAAACGAAAUGAUGCUCGGCGGAAGUUCUACCAUCAACAGCAACGGCUACCAUCACUAAAACAAGAUAAUAACUAUGAUAAUAAUGGUUAUAAUAAGCAGCAUUUCGAAACAACAUCUAACAAUGGUUAUGAAUAUGAACAAGGACCUCAUCAAUAUAAAGAUCAACAAGCAGUAUAUUACGAAACACGCUCAAAUAAUAAUUCAGCUUCAGUUCAUCACUCUUAUUUCCACUUUACAUCAACCGAGAAAGACAGAGAGAGAGAGAUAUCGAUGCAGAAGUUCCCGCUUGAAACAUAUUCUUUAAUUGAAAUUUCAACAUCUACAGAUUCAAAUCAUCAACAAACUGCAAUGAAUACUGAUGAUAUGAAACAGCGAAGUACCGAAUCAUAUUCAUCUGAGCGUAAUUCGAAUAAUCGUGUUCGUUUUCUCGAACCUUCUUCUGCUAAUAAUACAGCACCACAACAUUCAAAAUUAACAAAAUUUGUUCCAUCGUCUGAAAGUUUUGAAGCGACGUCCAUAGAAAGCAUCAAUGAUAUUUAUCAGGAUGGACCUAAUUCUGUUAGUCGUGGCCUUCAAACAGAUAUUAGUAAUGCAUCAGUCAUUGAUUGGGUUUUAGGACAAAAGACUUCAUCAACUGGCGAUAGUGCAUAUCGAAAUGAACCACCUCAAGAUCCAGGCAUAGAAAAAGAUCGUGUGCGUGUUAUCGUUCGUGUUCGACCGUUGAAUAGUCGUGAAACAGAAAAAUCAGAUCGGUCAAUAUUAUUUUGCGAAGGUGAAAAUUCUAUUACAGUUGAAGGCGCAAAACAUAGUCGACGAUUUACAUUUGAUAGUGCAUUCGAUGUAACAUCAACACAAGAAGAAGUAUUUCAUUACAGUGGUAUCAAACGUUUAGUCGAUAUGGCUAUCGAUGGAUAUAUUUCAACUUGUUUUGCAUACGGUCAAACCGGUAGUGGAAAAACGCAUACCAUGAUUGGUCCAGGCGGCGCCAACAUUUUUCGUAUGGAGGAAAAUUUUCGAAUAAAAAACUUUGGUUUAGUUCCACGAGCAAUUAAUUAUUUAUUUCAACAAUUACGAGAAAAAUCUCAUGAAACAAAUGCUCCUUAUUAUAUACGUGUAUCUUAUUGUGAAAUCUAUAAUGAACAAAUUCAUGAUUUAAUUAGUCCAUCACAUAGUGAUAAUUUACAAAUACGUGGUUCAAUUGAAGAUGGAUUUUAUGUUGAAAAUCUUUUUCAAACAUACAUUGAAACUAUGGAUGAAUUAUUAACAAUACUUGAAGAAGGCGAAUUAAAUCGAGCUAUGGCUUCACAUAAUCUUAAUGAUACGUCAAGCCGUAGCCAUGCAAUGCUUUCAAUUCAAAUUGAACAAGACAUACAAGGAAACGAUGAUCUAAAAGAACAAAUGACUCGACAAGGAAAAUUAGUUUUUGUUGAUUUAGCCGGAAGUGAAAAAGUCAAAGUAAGUCUUUCAAAAGGGAAACAAUUAACCGAAACCAAUAAUAUCAAUAAAAGUCUAUUAGUACUAGGUACAUGUAUUUCGGCAUUAAGUGAUUCUGUUAAACGAGCUGGUCAUAUACCAUAUCGUGAUUCAAAAUUAACACGUCUUCUAGCAGAUAGUUUAGGUGGACAUGGCAUAACGCUGAUGAUUGCAUGUAUAUCUCCAGCAAGUUCUUGUGAAAAUGAAAGUUUGAGCACAUUACGCUACGCUAAUCGUGCGAAAAAUAUUGAAAAUGUUCCCAUAGUAAAAACAGACUCGAAAGAAAAUGUUAUUAAUCGUUUGAAACAUGAAGUACGAAAAUUAAAAGAUGAAAAUCAUGAAUUAAGACAAAAAUUAGGCUAUCAUUUAAAUGUAUUGCCUAAGCUCAAAAAUCGUAAUUCAGAUUCCGGUUCACAAACUUCAAUGCGUUCGUCAGCCAGUAGUGAAAUAUACGAUACUCAAGGUCAAUUAAGUGGCACAACAACGAAAAAAAUUCGAACCGAUCAUGAAAUCUUAACAAGAGAAAACGAAAAACUCGUUAGAAAACUUGAUCAAGCUAUGAGAGAACACCAAGUACAACCCGGUGGAAAACAUGUUCUUGUUGUUGAAGAAGAUCAUUCAAGACAAGACUUGAAUCCAUCACCUACACGCCGAAUGAAUAAAAGUUAUACACAAGAGUCAAGUGGAGAAUUAUCAGAAAUUUUAAAUCGUCCAUCUUAUGCAUCAAAAUAUCGAACUGUUCGUGAAAGAUAUCCAGAUGAUACUUCACCUCAAAGACGUACAGCAACUAUUGUACGACGUGUACCAGAUUCUGCUAUAGUAGAAGUUCGACGAUAA